UUAAUGGUGGCGUGAUGGAGAGCAUCUCCCCUGCUUGAUCGUUCUCAUUUCAGCGGCUGAACAUCUGCGCCAGAAUGGACAUCUUGAAGUCUCUGGGACAUCCGGAGGAGAUUUUUAACCUUUUCCGGUUUAAAAUGGGGGGAUGUAGAGCUGUCAUGCCGAAGUUGGAUUAUGACUCCAUGAGCCAGACUUUGCGGACGUGCUACGUUUAUCUGAACCAGACCAGCCGGAGCUUCGCGGCUGUGAUCCAGGCGCUGGACGGGGAGCUGAGACAUGCGGUUUGCAUCUUCUACCUGGUGCUGCGGGCGCUGGACACUGUGGAGGAUGACAUGACCAUCCCCCUGGACAAGAAGGUGCCCAUGCUGACUCAUUUUCACACCUAUCUGUACCAAGAGGAUUGGUGCUUCACUGAGAGUCAGGAGAAGGAUCGACAGGUUCUUGCAGACUUCCCUACGAUAUCUCUGGAGUUCCGAAACCUCGCUCUGGUAUACAGAGAGGUCAUCUCGGAUAUCUGUCACCAUAUGGGAGUCGGGAUGGCCGAGUUUCUGGAGAAGAAGGUGGGAUCCAUGAAGGAGUGGGACCAGUACUGCCACUACGUUGCCGGUCUAGUCGGCAUCGGUUUGUCUCGGCUCUUCUCAGCCUCCCAGCUGGAGGAUCCGGAAGUUGGGCAGGACACAGAGCUGGCCAACUCUAUGGGCCUGUUCCUCCAGAAGACCAACAUCAUCAGAGACUAUCUUGAAGACACAAAAGAGGGUCGGGCCUUCUGGCCCCAAGAGGCGUGGAGUCAGUUUGCAGGCCGCCUGGAGGAUCUCGCUCAGCCAGACAAGCUGGAGUCAGCUCUGUCCUGUCUCAACCUUCUGGUCACCGACGCUCUGCGGCACGUGCCCGACGUCAUCGCCUACCUGUCUCGCCUGCACAACCAGAGUGUCUUUAACUUCUGUGCCAUUCCACAGGUGAUGGCAAUAGCUACUCUUUCAUCGUGCUACAACAACCCCAUGGUGUUUCAGGGAGUGGUGAAGAUCAGAAAGGGGCAGGCUGUCACUCUCAUGAUGGAAGCGACUAACAUGCAAGCUGUGCAGACCAUCAUCUUUCAGUAUAGUCAGGAGAUCCUGCAGAAGGUCUCCCUCACUGACCCAUCCAGAGACAAGACUCUGCACAUUCUGGCUGUCAUCCAGGGAAAGUCCACCAUGUCCCAGUCCAGGACCCACCACCUGUCUCCAAUGUACCUGUCUGCUGCCAUGCUGCUGGCUGUGCUCAGCUGGCAGUACAUCAGUACCGCUGCAGCCCAGGCGCAGGGCACAGGAGACGUGUAGGGGGCAGUUUCUUACUCGUCCUUGCAGGAGCCCACAGACUGAAGAGCAGACGCGUCCUCUGCUGAUUACCUCUGAUUCAUGGAAAUGCACUAAUUUUAAGGAUUCACUUUGGCUGUGAAAACCUUUAUCUGUGGUGGUGGGGUGGGGGUGUAGUAGUCUGGUUACACGUGGCUUUUAGAUCAUGACGAAAAUGAAGAAACAGCCACCAAACGUCAGUUUGCUUUAGGUUUCUCUUCCUUUACGUCAAUUGUCUCUGGUUUCAUUUCUCUGAUUAGAAAUCAGCAAACCUAACCAUCCUUUUAUUGAGUCUCAGUAGAUUUUUUUCAACACUUAGACCACAUGAGAGUAAACUGAGAGUAAACUGUGCAAUAAACUAGUUUUAUCAAGAUAAAGAGGAAAACAGAGCGAUGAAUUAAAGUUAAAACCUGUUAGCUAAGUGUCCUUAAGUCUGCUUCCAGAGUAGGAAGGCUAGUUAAGAGUAACUUUGUACAGAGCCAAAGAAAAGCUGCAAACAUUGCUAUGUAAUAUUUUAAUUUGUACAUAUUUGAAAUAAUAAAAAGAUAGAGUGAUUGUUUUAAA